AUGGCCGAAUUCACUGUUCUUGGCGAUGCCGUUAUAAAAGCAUUGUUGCUUGAUCUCUCCAAAGACGAGAUUGAAUACUUCUUGAAAGAGCUCGAAGAUUGUCUUAUCACCUUUUCCCGCGGAAAGGAGCGUCAAUACCAGCCAAAAGCUGGAAUUAUAAAUCGACCUGAUGGGCAAAAAGUUCUCUUUAGGCCCUUCACUUCCUCCGAAACAGUCGGAGCGAAGAUCAUUGUGCACCCCGCGCCCAUUCCGAAAGACUCUGGAUCCUCUUUGGACAACGAAGCAAAGCAGCAAUUACCACUUCACGGCACCUUGGUCCUUUGUAACAAGUACGGACUCCCCACAGGCUUUUUAAACGCCGCGGAGGUCACUGGUUACCGUACAAGCCUGAGCGCGAUGGUUCCAUUUGUUUCCAGAUUGCACACUAGCAAAAUAGUAGUGUUUGGUGCUGGUAAGCAGGCAUUAUGGCAUACUCGACUUGCUCUUGCACUCCGGGGAGCAGACAUUAACCUCAUCACGAUUGUGAAUCGAUCGGAGCCCCGAGCGCGAGAGCUCAUCAGCACAGUGAGAGAAGAGAACGAGGAGCGGUGGAAGUCCCCCGGCAAAUUCGAAUUUCUGAAUUCAUCCCAAGGGAAAUCAGAUGAGAAGAUUCAGUUGCGUCUCGCAGAUGCCGAUGCGAUAUUUUGCACUGUUGCCUCGCAAACCCCAUUGUUUUCUUUGCAAUCCCUGGCACUAGAGACACGACGUGGAAGAUACCCUCUGAUCACCGCCGUUGGCUCGUGGCAAUCUGAUAUGAUAGAGGUUCAUCCGGCUAUUUUACAACGUGUCAUCAAAUCAAACGGGUUUAAUGUACCUGGUGACACCCCAGGAGCUGUUCUUGUGGACGACGCCGAAGCAUCACUAAUUCAUUCUGGCGAAAUUGUUCAAAGCGGUUUGGAGAUGUCCGAGAUGCUGGAAAUCGGGAAUAUACUUCAUUUGAAACGGAAUUCAGAUUUGACAAACGAUCAGAGCGCAUGGCUAGCGGAAGGGUUGAUAGUCUAUAAGAGCAUCGGUGUCAGUACGACAGAUCUCGCUGCUGGCAAUGCUAUUUUGGCUUUGGCGGAAAGGAAAAAGCUUGGGACUCGUGUGUCUGGCUUUUGA